UAUGCCUGAUUAUAAUCUUCCAGAAAAGUAGGGAACUGAUAUGCUGAAUUGAAUUGUUAUCUGCUUCUUUCUAUCUGUUUCUUUAUUGUGGGCGUGGCAAAUAAUUCCAUGUCUUUGCACUUUGCUAGGAAUUAGGAUAUGAUCCCGUGAUGCUGGUCUUGACAUUUGAUGCCACUAAAGUAAAGUGGUUCAAUUUAGGUUUCUCGUGGGUUUCUACCGCAUGUUUUAUAAGAUAAACCAAUGUGGGAGUGAACACAUGUUUACCUAACUUUGGACAUUUAGCUUUUACUAUGCCAUCAAUUUUCUAGCUGAAUAAAUGGCCAAAUAGAUAACAGAGAUGAUUUGCUGACUGCAUUGUGUAAUUAGAAACUCCAGGUUCAUAACUGAUAUAUGGCUAACUCCAUGUUUGUAUAACUCAGAUGCGUAAUUUUUUUUAAUCAGACUGCUAAAUAAUCAACAAUAAUCCCCCUAUUAAUCUCGACAUUUAUAAAUUUCACUUAUAAGUUUCAAGUUACGAUAAUAUUGUCAUUAUAUGCAUUUUAAGCUUAUCGCAAUUAUGUAAUUUUUUUUUUUUAAAGAAAAGACAGUUAUAAAUUGUGAAAACCUGAUACAUUACAUACAUAAAUAGUUAUAGAUACAGCAAACCUCGGUAUAUAUGUAUGCAAUUCGCUCCUUUCCCUCUCCCAUCCGAAAGAACGAAAAAGAAGGAUAAAAAAUGCUUAGCUACUAAAUUAUUAUUUACUCUGUGAUGUUGUGAAAGUCGAAACAGAUCUACAUUGUAUAAGGCUUCUGCCAAGACUGAUAUUAUUUAGGUACAAGACAAUAUAGUAUAUGUAGCCUUGCUUCUGACUUUACUUUUAGCAAGUUGGAUUUGUGAUCUCCACUAUGGAAUGGAUGGGGUGCCCCCAAGGAUUAUCCUAUGUGAAAAGUCAUGGAAUAGUGUGCAACAAAGUGUUGCAUCAUGCUAUAUAUAUAUAUGUAUUUAGACUACACAGACUGAUAAGGAUCCAGGAGUAGCUUUUCUUGUUUCUAUGAUGAACAGAAGUACUAAAGUUUUCUUUCUUCUCAUCUUACUAGUAUUCUAUUUUACACUCAUUAAAGCAUCAGAAACAUUGUCAGUGUCUGAAGAAGAUGACAGGAUACUAAGUUUACCAGGUCAACCAUCAAACCCACCCAUCUCACAGUUCUCAGGAUAUAUCACUGUCAACCAGAAUAAUGGCAGGGCCAUUUUUUACUGGUUCUUCGAAGCUCUUUCUAAUCCCUCUGAUAAACCUCUCGUCCUCUGGCUCAAUGGAGGGCCUGGUUGUUCAUCAAUAGGAUAUGGUGCAGCUGUGGAAUUAGGUCCUCUUAAAGUUGAUGAGAAUGGUGUUGGCUUGGUCUUCAACAACUUCUCUUGGAUUACAGAAGCGAAUUUGCUAUUCGUGGAGUCUCCUGUUGGAGUAGGAUUUUCUUAUACCAACACGACUUCUGACCUCACCAAAUUAGAUGAUGAAUUUGUAGCCGAGGAUGCAUAUAGUUUCUUGGUGAAUUGGCUGGAAAGAUAUCCACAGUUCAAGAACCGCGAUUUUUACCUAGCAGGAGAAAGUUAUGCAGGUCACUACGUUCCUCAACUGGCAGAGCUUAUCUUUGAUAGAAACACGAAUCAGACUAAGUCCAUGAAGAUUAAUCUCAAAGGUUUCCUAGUAGGGAACCCUGAAACUGAUGAUUUUUAUGACUCGACGGGUCUGCUAGAAUAUGCUUGGAGUCACUCUGUAAUAUCUGACGAACAGUAUAAUAAGACUAAAGAAGUGUGUGAUUUCAAGACCUCAAAUUGGUCGAAUGAAUGUGUUACUUCCAUGAAUUUGGUUUAUGGCAAAUACCGAGAGAUUGACAUUUACAACAUAUAUGCUCCUAUUUGCCUUUCGAAUCGCACAUCUUCAUCACACGGUUAUUAUUAUGCUAAUAAGGAGGGAAGCUACAGAUUGAAGAGGGCAAGAAUCUUUUCUGAGGGUUAUGAUCCUUGCUAUUCAAAUCAUGCAGAAGUAUACUUCAAUAGGGCAGAUGUACAAGCAUCACUUCAUGCAAAUGCUAAUAGAGGGAAUUCAAAUACUAGUGUUAAAUGGAAUGUUUGCAGUGACUCCAUGCUUAGCAUGUACCAUAUAACAGUUCAAUCAGUCUUACCUAUCUACAAGAAGCUGGUACAAGGUGGUCUAAAGAUCUGGAUUUACAGUGGAGAUGUGGAUGGUAGAGUCCCAGUGAUUGGAACUAGGUACUGUGUUGAAGCACUUGGAUUGCCAAUCAAGAGACCUUGGCGUUCCUGGUACCAUCAACAUCAGGUUGGGGGAAGAUUAGUGGAGUACGAAGGUUUAACGUUUGUGACAGUUCGAGGGGCAGGUCACUUGGUACCUCUCAAUAAGCCUAGUGAAGCACUAGCUCUAAUUCACUCUUUCUUGACUGAGGAAGAUCUUCCUGCAGAAAUAUAAACUUUAUUCGGGUGUUUGUCGAUGAAUUAGUUAGCUAUGUAUUUUUUCGCAGGACCUCCCAUACCAAUACCAUAUUGUCACCACAGUAGCCUUUUACCACCUAGUUUGGGAUGGAUUGAUGUGGUUCCUUUAUGUGCACGACAUGUCAAUAAUAGGGGCAAAAUACAGGAAUAAGAUCAUACUAUUAUUAUAUUACAACAGCGUUGUCAUUUGUCAAUGCUUUCUAGUUUCUAGUA